AUGGCCAUUGCCAUGGGCUGGCAGAAGCCCGACAAUGUCGCUGGCUCGUCAGCGCCGGCCAUCAUGGUCGGGCUCUUUGUCGCUUCUGGUGGAUUGCUUUUUGGUUAUGAUACUGGGGCCAUAAAUGGCAUUCUAGCCAUGGACGCUUUCAAGACGCAGUUCGGUGCCAAUUGCCAAUCGACAAUGCCUAGCGACGACUCCCCAUCGAUUUGUCCAAAAGUUGCAUCCCUUAUCGUCGCAAUUCUCAGCGCCGGCACAGCUGUCGGAGCACUUCUAGCCGCUCCGGCUGGAGAUUCACUGGGUCGACGGAUCAGUCUCCUCAUCGCGGCUGGCAUCUUUUGCAUCGGUGCCGUUUGCCAAGUCUGCGCCAACGAGAUUGUACUUUUAGUUGUCGGCAGGGCAUUGGCUGGCGUCGGUGUUGGCGCCGUCUCGGUUUUGGUGCCCCUAUAUCAGUCAGAAAUGGCGCCCAAAUGGAUACGCGGAACACUAGUUUGUGCAUACCAACUCUCAAUCACGGUUGGUUUACUAUCCGCCUCUAUUGUCAACAUAAUCACAUCGAAACUCCGCGACAGCGCAGCGUACCGAAUUCCUCUGGGGCUGCAAAUCAUCCCGGCCCUCAUUCUCACCGCCGGUCUGCUUGUGCUCCCCGAGACUCCACGUUUCCUUGUCAAGCAAGGCAAAAAUGAGGCCGCCGGCCUGUCGUUGAGUCGACUUCGUCGGCUGGACAUCACACAUCCCGCACUCAUCGACGAGCUGAAUGAAAUCAUCGCAAACCACCAGUACGAACUUAGUCUCGGUCCUUCCACCUAUAGGGACGCCUUCUGUGGGACUCCUCAUCUUGGUCGCAGAACAUUCACAGGAUGUGGUCUUCAGAUGCUUCAGCAGUUAUCCGGCAUCAAUUUCAUCAUGUACUACAGUACAACAUUUUUUAAUGGCGCCGGAGUCCAGAGUCCAUACAUGAAAUCCACCAUUAUCAACGUCAUCAACGUUGUAUCCACCAUCCCUGGUUUGCUCGUUAUUGAAUCUUGGGGCCGUCGAAAGCUACUGAUGACUGGAGCUUUGGGCAUGGCUACAUGCCAACUGAUCAUGGCGUCGUUCACGACGGCCGCCGGUAAUGGGCUUCAACGUGUCAAGGAAUCAAUCCUUGUUGUCUUCUGCUGUUUCAACAUUUUCUUUUUCGCCGCGUCUUGGGGACCAGUUGUCUGGGUUGUCACCUCGGAAAUCUACCCGCUCAAAGUGCGAGCCAAAUCUAUGUCGCUCUCUACCGCUUCCAACUGGAUUCUAAAUUUUGGAAUCGCCUAUGCUACGCCAUUCAUGGUCGGCUCGGGUCCGGGAUCAGCAAGCUUUGGACCCAAAAUAUUUUUCAUCUGGGGUGCAUUCUGCAUCGUCGCCUUCUUCUUUGUUUGGUGCAUGGUGUACGAAACAAGCAAGAUCAGUCUGGAGCAGAUAGAUGAAAUGUAUGAACGUGUCAAUCACGCAUGGAACAGCAACGACUUUCAACCGAGCUGGAGUUUCCAGCAAAUCCUGGACCAGGGUUGGUCACCAAGUGGCAUCCCAGAGCACGAGUUACAAACCACAACAUCACAAAGCAGUGCGGACACGACGCUUGGCGACUCAGGGUCAUCCACCAUCACCAUACAACACAGCGACGGAGAGCAAAAUGCCAGGCAAUCGAAUGAAAACAAGGUUGUACCAAUGGCGACGGUUGAUUUUAGUUAUUAA